GUUGUGAACGGAAAUCAAUGCAUUGAACACGCGAGGCAGGGGCCAAACAUUUUAAUUUUGACAGCCUUGUCUCUGUGUUUCCGCCUCACCAUGAUUGUUCAUUCUCUACAUGUAACAAAAUGAAUAGCAUUCGUCAGAUUCAAGAGCUUAAUAGACGUGAAUUGGAAAACGGAGUGUAAGUCGCAUUCAUUUUUAUUAAAUCACAUUGCGAUAAAGUAUGUUUGCUAACUGAUCUCUAGCCCUCCAUCUGCAUCAUGGCACACAGAUUAUCGCGACACAGCUUAUAUUUAUAUCGGCGGGCUCCCUUUUGAGCUCUCCGAAGGCGACGUUUUAACUAUAUUCUCGCAAUAUGGCGAACCUACAUAUAUCAAUUUGGUGCGGGACAAAGAGACCGGAAAAUCCAAGGGGUUUGCUUUUUUGAAAUAUGAGGACCAGAGGAGCACGGAUUUAGCCGUCGACAAUUUAGGGGGCGCAGUAAUUGCCGGUAGGACUUUGAAGGUAGAUCAUACGAGAUAUAAGAGGAAGGAGGGAGAAGAGGAUACUGGAAUGGAUCUGAAUGGAGAUUUAGAUGGUGAAGGGGAGGAGCGGCGGAAGAGAAGAAGGACCAGUGCGGAGAGUGAGGGUAGUGAGGAUGAAGAAGAGCAGAGGCCGAUGCUUAAAGAGGAGAGGGAAUUGGCGCUGUUAAUUAGAGAUCACGACGAGGAUGAUCCGAUGAAGGCAUUUUUAAUUGAGGAGAAAAAGGAAGAGGUCGCGAAGGCACUGGGGAGGGCGAAAGAGGGAAGUAGAUCCGAGAAGUCAGAAAGAAGCAGAAAGCAUAGACAUCACCAUAGGUCUAGGCAGAUUAAGGAUGAGGAAGAUUUGGAUAGUGGUCAUCGAUCUCGGCAUAGAUCACAUGGUCGCGAUAGAGAGCGGGAUCGAGAUCGCGAGUCCAGGAAGAGAUCCCCAGAAGAUAAUAGAUCGCGGCGUGAACGGUCACCAAGUGAUAAUGAGGCUGAUAAACACGUUUCGCGAUCACGGAGAGAUAGGGAUAGAGACGCACCGAGGCGUCGUCAUUACGAACGAGAUGAUAGGGACAAUGAUAGGACUAGCGAGCGACGCGACAGGAGAAGAGAUGAUUCAAGGGAGAACAGACAUGAUAGACGGCGGCAGUAUUAAUGAAGUAUAGAAAGAAGACCUUAUUAGUAUUGACUUA